GUUAUUUGAGUGCUCUUUCACUCUCCUCCGCCAUGCCCGACCCGGCUAAAUCUGCUCCUGCCCCCAAAAAGGGCUCCAAGAAAGCCGUAACCAAGGCCCAGAAAAAGGACGGCAAGAAGCGCAAGCGCAGCCGCAAAGAGAGUUACUCUAUCUACGUGUACAAGGUACUGAAGCAAGUCCACCCCGACACCGGCAUCUCAUCGAAGGCCAUGGGCAUCAUGAACUCCUUCGUCAAUGACAUCUUUGAGCGCAUCGCUGGCGAGGCUUCCCGCCUGGCGCAUUACAACAAGCGCUCGACCAUCACCUCCAGGGAGAUCCAGACGGCCGUGCGCCUGCUGCUGCCCGGGGAGCUGGCCAAGCACGCCGUGUCCGAGGGCACAAAGGCCGUCACCAAGUACACCAGCUCCAAGUGAGCUCUCACAGCUGCCGGCAAUCCAAAGGCUCUUUUCAGAGCCACUCACGCUUCCAGAGAAAGAGCCUGUGCAUUUUGCUUGUAGUCUUUUGGGUGGGCUCCGGCCGGCCUCCAUUAGGAGGGAAGACGGCGGGAAAAGGCAAGCUAAGCUCCCUAGGCUUUUUGCGUGUAAUAUGUAGCCGCAGGUGAUGGAAAAGGAUAAUACAAGUUCUUUCGAAGGCUUCAUCCUGGUGGGCUUCUCUGAUCGUCCCCACCUAGAGCUGAUCAUCUUUGUGGUUGUCCUCAUCUUUUAUCUGCUGACUCUUCUUGGCAACAUGACCAUUGUCUUGCUUUCAGCUCUGGAUUCCCGGCUGCACACACCAAUGUAUUUCUUUUUGGCAAACCUCUCAUUCCUGGACAUGUGUUUCACCACAGGUUCCAUCCCUCAGAUGCUCUACAACCUUUGGGGUCCAGAUAAGACCAUCAGCUAUGUGGGUUAUGCCAUCCAGCUGUACUUUGUCCUGGCCCUGGGAGGGGUGGAGUGUGUCCUCCUGGCUGUCAUGGCAUAUGACCGCUAUGCUGCAGUCUGCAAACCCCUGCACUAUACCAUCAUCAUGCACCCACGUCUCUGUGGACAGCUGGCUUCAGUGGCAUGGCUGAGUGGCUUUGGCAAUUCUCUCAUAAUGGCACCCCAGACAUUGAUGCUACCCUGCUGUGGGCACAGACGGGUUGACCACUUUCUUUGUGAGAUGCCAGCACUAAUUGGUAUGGCCUGUGUAGACACCAUGAUACUUGAGGCACUGGCUUUUGCCCUGGCAAUCUUUAUCAUCCUGGCACCACUCAUCCUCAUUCUCAUUUCUUAUGGUUACAUUGGAGGAACAGUGCUUAGGAUCAAGUCAGCUGCUGGGCGAAAGAAAGCCUUCAACACUUGCAGCUCGCAUCUAAUUGUUGUCUCUCUCUUCUAUGGUACAAUCAUAUACAUGUACCUCCAGCCAGCAAAUACUUAUUCCCAGGACCAGGGCAAGUUUCUUACCCUUUUCUACACAAUUGUCACUCCCAGUGUUAACCCCCUGAUCUAUACACUAAGAAACAAAGAUGUUAAAGAGGCCAUGAAGAAGGUGCUAGGGAAGGGGAGUGCAGAAAUAUAGUAAGGGGUGAUUAAACUUUGGGAUUGUAUUUUGACCCAUCUUCUAUAUAUGUUGUUAGACCUAGCAAAUAUAGGAAUGUUUUGGCAUUGCAGGCUGAAGAGGCAUUUAAUGAGAUGGGGGAAUUCAAUGGUUUAGCUAGGUCAAGAAAAUAGGGGCUGGGAGCAGUGGCUCCUGCCUGUAAUCCCAGCACUUUGGGAGGCGGGAGUACUGCUUGAGUCCAGGAGUUUGAGACUAGCCUGAGCAACAUAGUGAGACCCCCAUCUGUACGAAAAAUUUAAAAAGUUAGCCGGGCAUGGUGGUGCAUGCCUACAGUCCCAGCUACUCAGAAGGCUGAGGUGGGAGGAUUGCUUGAGCCUGGGAAUUUGAAGCUACAGUGAGCUGUGUUUGUGCCACUGCACUCAGUCUGGGUGACAGAGCAAGACCCUGUCAGAGAGAGAGAGAGAGAGAAGAAAGAGGGAAGAAAGAAAGAAAGAAAAAGAAAGAAAGAAAGAAAGAAAGGGGAAAGAAAGAAAGCAAGAGUGUAAAAAAUGUAAUAUUCCUCCUGAGUUGACAAUCACUUGUAUUCCUUUCAAGUCCUUCUAAAUCAAGCAUUCAUCAUCAGAAGCCUCCAAAAUAUUGUCCAUGAAUGUAGACACUAGGCAUUUUUGUUCUCAUACCAGUUUCUAUCACAGUUAUUUAAUAGGUCCUCAACGAUGUAUGAAAAGAAAGAUCUUAGAAGGACUUAGUAGGUCCUCAGCAAUAUAUGAAACGAAAGAUCUUCGAAGUCUUGCUGAAGAAGCACUUAUUUUUUUCUAGAAAGUUCAAAUAUGCUUUUAUAGUGCCAAAUGCUUGAAUGAGAGCCAAAAUAAAUUGUUUAAUUAUCCAGCUUUAGUAUAUCCAACACCAUAAUCAACCGUGGAUUCUGCACAUUUUGAAUCAUUUAUAUAAUUGAGCUUAAUGACAUUCAUGUUUGAUUUUCUGAGAUGAUAGAGAAUCAAGAAGAAAGGAGAUAAAGCAAGACCAUGAGGUGUUUGCUUUAUGUGGAAGGAAGAAUUUCUUGUUACUACUCGAUCCUUGUUAUUACUUGUUAAUGGCAAAAGAAAGCUAAGGAGUCUUUUUGAUUAAAAUGUUUGAAGAUAA